AUUAUUGUAGAAUGUCAAAGUCAGAUGCCAAGUAAUAUUUCGAAUUUCGAACAAAAAAAUAAAAUCGCGAAGGUUUGUUCGCGAACUGUGUUUCGCAAUAAUUAUUUAUUAAAAUAACAGUCAUGCUGUCCAGCCUGAGAUCUGGCGUUCAAGGCUUGUGGAGAGCGUCUUCUAGAGCCCUACAGACGACUUCUACUCUUCAACAUGACAGCCUUUUCGUGCACAGAGACACCCCUGAAGAUAACCCAAACAUUGCCUUUGAAUUUACACCAGAAAACCAACAGAGAAUUGAUGCCCUCCUAGCUAUUUACCCUGAAGGCCACAAGCGUGGUGCAAUGAUUCCAUUGCUAGAUUUAGCCCAACGUCAGAAUGGAGGCUGGUUACCCAUAUCUGCUAUGCAUAAAGUAGCAGAGUUGUUGAGCCUACCUAGAAUGAGAGUUUAUGAAGUUGCAACCUUCUAUACUAUGUUUAUCAGGCGGCCAAUUGGAAAGUACCAUCUACAAGUAUGUACCACCACUCCAUGUUGGCUUCGAGGUUCUGAUGCUGUCCUUAAAGCCAUUGUAGAUGCUACCGGAUGUGAAGUUGGUGGCAACAGCCCUUGUGGAAAAUUUUCAAUCUCUGAGGUUGAGUGCUUAGGAGCUUGUGUCAAUGCACCAAUGGUUCAAGUGAAUGAUGACUACUAUGAAGAUCUCACAGUAGAGGACACAAAGGAAAUUAUUGAAAAACUGAAACGGGAUGAAAAACCUAAACCUGGUCCAAGGAGUGGCCGUUUUGCAUCCGAGCCCCUUGGAGGUCUCACAUCAUUAACAGAAGAGCCAACGGGACCUGGCUAUGGAUUGCAAGAUGGUUUGAAAGCAUAAGUGUAUAGUAAAUCUUUAUUUAAAAUAAUAAAUCAUAUUAGUUGA